AUGUCAGACAGGACUUCAUUCCGCGGCGCAUGCAUGUGUGGAGGCAUCACCUUCAGCAUCCAGGGCCGACCCGAAGUCGUUGGUGCAUGCCACUGCCGCCACUGCCAGAUGAAUGCCGGCUCCACGCAUCAGAUUAUGGGAAAGUUCACAAAGGAGUCCAUGACAAUCAUCGACCCCAAAUCACUCCUCAAAAAGUACGUCAUCCCGGGCGCCGAGACCCAGAGCGGCAAGGACAAGGAAAAGUACUUUUGCGCCAAGUGCGGCUGCAUGUUGUGGACCGUCCCGCAGGGCGAGGAGGGGAGGCAUCGGCUCGUGAGGACGAGUCUGGUUGAGGAUGGGCUCGAGCUGAAAACAGACGAAGAAUGGUUCAACUGA